UGCCGCGAUUCAGUUGCGAGUUAGCGACCUCGCCUAUGCCAAGGCAAAUCAGUUGAUCAGCGACGCUGUUCCCUUGGGCUUGCACUUCGCGUAUUUCCUGAGCCUUCCCGUCCGUAAGCGAAUUCAGUUUCUGGCCGAAAACAGCAUAUUCGUUCCCGGCGAAUUGGAGUAGUUCGAGCGCGCUACGGCUGCUCUCAAGGAAGUUUUCAGAGCAGAUCUGGCUGACUACCUCGCAGAACGGCGCCUGGCGCCAAACGAAGCGCUCUUGGAGAACGUAAUGCUGUUGGCCGUGUGUGCGCAGUUGCGCAUCCCGGUGUUCAUCGUGGGAAAGCCCGGCAGCUCGAAAUCGUUGGGCAAGGCUAUCGUGCAAGAUGUUAUGACGGGAAGCUCUUCGCCUGUCCCGCUCUUUCAGCGAGAUGAGGACUUCGGUCGGUUACGCGCGCAACAAAUGUGGCUUUGGGAUGGAUGGUGUCAAAUGAUUGAUUAUUUGAAGCACCAUAAAGAAUUACGUUUGGGCAUGAUGCGAUACUACAUAACAGAGCAUGGUGGAACUACAUUUGGCAACAUGACGAUUCUCUUCUCAAGAACGAGAAACAAAAUUAACACAAGGCUUGGAAUGAAGGUUGUGAGUUCACACGCAGUUUUUCUUUAAGGAGAACCCACAGAUUGCCCAUCCGUGCGAGGAAAGCAGUAGCAUUGUGUUGCAAGACCUCUGACUAGUGAAUGAAAAAUUUUGUAUCUCCGCUCGUGCUACUACUAGCAAUUGAAAAAAUAAAUUUGUGAGGCAGAACUGCGAUACGAGCCGCGCUGUCAAACUUGCUUCUGUCUCACUUUCCACUGUGACGCUCAAUCAUACCAAUCUCCAUGCCACGCAUUUUGCACCUCUAAUGCGAACGGCAUUUCAGACGAAUCAAUGCUCCCCGCACUCCACAGCAAAAUCAAUUCUGGACAUUUUUCAAAAGGCGAGCAUGGUGCAGCAGCAACUCGUGCAGAAAGCAGUGACCGAAGUGGCAGCGGAGGGCGCACAAGCAGAGGGUUCUCGCCAGCAAGAGCAGCCCUCAUCUGGCCUUGACGAAAAUUGCGAUGCGAGCUGCGCAGCAAGCGUGACACCAGCUUCGCAAAAAGAAGCCGGUCACGCCCUCGAGUUGGAACGCAUUACCCAGGCCGAGCUCCGUAAAGAGAUUGCCGUCGUCGUUCUGGACGAGGUCGGGCUCGCGGAAGAGAGUCAGCAUCUUCCUCUGAAAGCUCUGCAUCCGCUUCUCGAGACGGGAAUCUCUCCGGACGGCCACUUCGGCCAGAGAAUCACGGACAAGGUGGCCUUUAUGGGUCUGUCGAAUUGGAAUCUGGAUCCCGCCAAGAUGAACCGCGCGAUUCUGGUCAUGCGCGAGGAACUCAAUCGUGCGGAGAUGAUCCGCACCGCCCGCGCCAUCUUCCGACACGAAGGCAGCCUUCUUUUCGGUGCGGCGGCCCAAAGAGAUGCAGGCGAGCAGUCGCCGGGCACCUCGUCUGAGCGAGACAGACUCAUUGAGUCCAUCGUGGACGGCUACAGAGCGGUUGUCGGAGCCGUAGAUGAGGAGGAGGACAACGAAACGGAAAGCGGGAUGGAGGAGGACGGCGAAAAUGGCGCCGAAAGCGUGGAUGGCGCUGCCGGCGUCGGAGGGACACAGCGUGAGGGGCGCGACGCUGCUACGUCUUAUGGCCUGCG